GCCGCGGGCGGCCCCGACGUCGCUCCGGGCGCGGGUGGGAGCCGCGGGACCGGUUUGCAGCGUGAAGCGCCGCCCCUGUCCCCACAGCUGGGCUGGGUGGCGAGCCCUGCCUGGCGCCCCCGAGCCCGGGGCUGCCCGCGGCUGGAGCCGGGCGCACACGCCUGCCCGGAGCCUGCCGAGAGCCGGAGGGGCCCUGCCUGAGGUCUGGAAGAGCGACUAGGGCAUGUCCGCUCGACAGCGGCUACAGCCUGAGCGUGAGCGCUCCCCACAGCCCUGCAAGGGUUUUUUUCAUCGCUGUAACUAACCCGCGCCGCUUUAAAAGGCAGCAGCUGCUGGAUCAAAGGAAAUAUUCUUCCAUGGACUAGACUGUGCUGACAGAGUGGGUUAAGUCGAGGCGACCAUGCUGUUCUGUAUAUCAGAAUCAACAAUGUAGCAGCAGCUGUUGGAAAAGAGGCCAGACUUCACCUUUUUCAAGCACAGGAAUGGCUAAAGCUUCAGGACAGCACCCAGGAUUAUAGCUGUGGAGAGAAACUGUCCAAAGCUCAGCUGACAAUGCCUAUGAACCACACAGAGCAAAAUCUGACAGUGACCCAGAUUCCAUAUCCAGAAACGUGGUAUGUGUUUUAUGUAGACAAGUUUACCUGCGAGGAGAAUUAUGAAAAUUCUGAAUCCGAGGAUAUUCAAUUUGAAAUGGUGUUACUAAACCCAGAUGCAGAAGGGAAUCCAUUAGAUCACUUUAGCGCAGGGGAAUCGGGAUUACAUGAAUUCUUUUUCCUACUCGUCCUAGCGUACUUUGUAGCUGCUUGCAUCUAUGCUCAAUCACUAUGGCAAACUCUGAAGAAAGGUGGACCUAUGCAUACUGUCUUAAAGGUUCUGUCAACAGUAUUAGUGUUUCAGGCUGGCUCAGCAUUUGCCAACUACCUGCAUUUCUCAAGUUACGCUAAAGAUGGAAUAGGGGCACCUUUUAUGGGAAGUCUGGCAGAAUUGUGUGACAUAGUCUGUCAGAUACAAAUGCUGUACCUGUUGCUGAGUUUGUGUAUGGGUUGGAUGAUCGGCAGAAUGAAGAAAUCUCAAAGCAGACCCCUUCAGUGGGAUUCCACUCCAGCGUCCACUGGCAUUGCUGUAGUAGUUGUUGUAACCCAGAGUAUUUUACUAAUUUGGGAGCAGUUUGAAGAUACUAAUCAUCACAGCUACCAUUCACACCACAGUUUAGCAAGUGGACUUCUUAUUGGUCUAAGAGUUUGUCUAUCUCUGUCAUUGGCCUGUGGACUCUACCAGAUCAUCAGAGUGGAGAGAAGUACACUCAAAAGGGAGUUCUAUAUCACCUUUGCCAAAGUAGGGCUCACAUCUGGAAAAUUAAUCCCUUUCUUUUUAAAUAUUAUUAUGGGCUGCAUUUUGUGGUUUUUGUGCCAUCCGGGUCUUGCAACCAUUUCUGUGCUAUUUAGAGACUAUCAAAGAGAGAAGGUUAUUACCAUAGGUGUUAUCCUCUGCCAGUCCAUCUGCAUGUUUAUCCUCUACAGACUUUUUCUAUCUCAUAGUCUAUAUUGGGAAGUGUCUUCUCUGUCGUCAGUGACAUUGCCACUGACCGUGGCAUCUGGACAUAAAAGUCGACAUUACUUCUGAGAUACAUUUAGGAAAGAAUACAGUGCAAUAAUGAACCAAAUACAGCUAUUUUCAUCAGGUCAGUGUGCUACAUCAGUGUCCCUGGAAAAACUGAAUCAUAAAAUCAGAGCACAUCACUGAUCCAGGAUCUGAACAAGUCCCCAAAUUAGGUACAUUGAUUGAUUUUUUUUUUUAUUUUUUUUUUAAACUGGUGGUAUGAAAAUAUAUUUAAAAUCUGAAUGUUUGAAUAGAGAUUGUUUUUGUGGCACAUGCGGUGCUGUGUUGUAUGACAACAAAGGAGGACAAACCUAACCUUUCCACAGUGUUUUCACCCUAAUAACUCCAUGACUUUGUAUCAAUAUUAAGUUUGAAGGCCUAGAAGAAUCCAGUCCUUUAAAUGGCUCUGAGCUCAAACAAGUCUGAAAUAAGCCAGUUAUGAAAUCGGUGUAAUACACGGAAUAAAAGUUUGCCUUUCUUUUUAUUCUGUAAAGAAAAUGCAUUUUGUUCUUUAAAUGUAAAGGACUUGAAAAACAAAAUUGCUCCAGAAACCAAUGUAAAAUGUUUACAGCUAACUGUGCAGUAAGCUUUCUUUCAUUAUUUGUGCAAAAGGAAAAGCACUUUUUUUCCCCACCAAUGUUGGUAUUAGUUCAAAUUUUAACUUGAGCAGCAAUGGGGUUUUAUCCAUAACACUUUUGAGAGAAAUGUUACUAAAAACAUAACAUGGGUGUGAUGGGAAAAAUGCUAUUUGAGGCUUUAAAGACGUGGCAACACUCGUAAUAAAAACAGCAGGCUUGCUUUUUUUAGGAAAGAAUGUGUAAUGUGGUACUAGAAUUUUAAUCCUGAUAUAAUUCAUUUCUGUUACAUUGAGGAUUCAAUCAUAAUUAAGCCAUAUACACAGAUUAAAUUAACAGAAGCAUUUCAAAUAAAUGGUGGUUUCAGUCAUCAACUACUCAUGUAUUCCUGCCCAAGGAUACUUAAUCAGGAUUAAAUUUUCUAUGAAUAAUUGAAAAACAAAAUACUCACUGGAUUUGUUAUAAUCCAUGUUGGCACUGGGUUCUAAGUAGUUGCCAUCUUCCAUCCAUUGUAAUAAAGCCAUACAUCUUUGUGGUGCCCUAGCAUUCAGAAUGCCAGUGUAAAUAUGUACUUUAUUGAAGUGCCUAUUUAUUGAGUGUGAUUUAAAUCAUUUUGACAAUUUUUUUUCUGUAUCAUGUGGACAUUCCUAUUAAGUCAUUGUUUGAAAUCUUCUUGUUUGUACUUAAUUUGAUAUUUGUCAAAUUGUCUAGACCUAUUAUUGUCACAUUUUGUUUCUUCACGGCAUUUAUUUUAUUUACUAGUAAGUGUAUUGAAUUUUUAAAAAGAAAUGAAAAUUCAUAUUUGUAAUAGAUUAUUGUUUAUAUAGAUUUUGUUCAUGUUUGCUUCAGUUGUACACUUGUUUGAAACUAAGUAUUUCCCUUUUAGUUUAAAGAUAGAUGAAAUAUUUGCCUUUGACUAAGGCAAAAUGGCAACAUGACAAAGUCGCUUAUUUAAAUCAUCUCCUUGCUAGUUCUUCUCUGUAAUUCAGGUCAAGAAUGGCAGGUUGAGACUGGAAAAGGUGAGUUGUUAUAAUUUCACACGAUCUGCAAAAUAAUUACAAAAUUAAUUAUCACAUUCAUCUGAUAAUCACAUCAAAAUGGUGUUGGUUAUGUCUGUUUUCCACUUCCAAAGGAGAAAGCAUUCUGUUUUGGUGUAAGUCUCAAAUAAUGGAGUAGGAAUAAUUCUGGGUCUCCUCAUGUGCAAGAAAAAUGUGUAUUUCACACAUUCAAAAUAUAUACUGAUUUUGGAAUAGAGACAGGAAUUAUAUAUUAUGAUCUGACAUGAUAAAGGUUUUAAUUUAUGCAGAAAAGCUAUAACUCUCUUAAGGAACACUCAGUGUUUUCUUUACCCGGUGCACUCUUUUGUUAUUUAAUAUAAAUCAAUCUGUGGCACUUGCCUGUUAAUAUAAAGGUAGACAAUUCCUUGGCAUCACAUUAUAAACACAGUGAAUACAAAAUCCUAAUUCAGAAUUCAUAGUUCAUCUGAAAAUAAAUAUGUAGUAUGACA